AUGCAAAUCCAAGUUACCGCCCUUUUUGCCCUGGCCCUUGCUGCCUCCACUGAUGCUUUCGCCCCAGUCACCACCAGAUCUUCCAGCUGUGCUCUUAGCGCUGUUGCCGGCGGAUUGGACCUUCCAGACAUUGAGGCCGAACUAAAUUACAAGCCAGGACAAGCUGAUACUGCCUUUGCCAAGAGAUUUGGACAUCUUGUAGGAGCUGAGGUUAAGACCGUCGGUGAUGCUUUUGCUGACUUUACAAAGGAAAUGGGGCUAUCGGUCAACGCUCUUUACAAGAAUAUGGUCACUGAUAUUGUUGGAACCACCCACCUUAUCGUUGUAAAUGCUAGAUUCCAACAAGAUGCUGUCUGGAGUCUUGGUAUGUUGACCUCUUUGGACUUGCUCCUUAAGAACUACCCCGAGCCCGGCGUCGGUGAAAAGAUUGCCAGCGCCCUAUUCAAGAGUGUUGGUUUGGAUGAAGCCAAGAUCCGCGCCGAGGCCAAAUCUAUGGAGGAAUGGGCCACUGGAAAGAGCAAGGAAGAUAUCGAAAAGGCUCUCGUAGGAGAAGAUCCUUCGUCUCCACUUGGUGCCAUCGUUGCCGGCAUCAAGGAAGAUGAGUUCUGGAUGUACUCCCGAUACUUCGGAAUCGGAAUGGUCAGGAUUAUGGACCUCGUUGGAAUUGAUAUGGACAAGGAUGAAGUUUAUCCAAUCAUGGAGGACUGGAUGAAGACCAAGCUUGGAAAGACACAUUUGUCCGCAUGCAACGACAGUGAUCUAUACUUCAGAGUCAAGGGCAAGUUGGAUAUGAUGGAGACCAUGAUGAAAGAAAUUGAAAUCCGAGAAAAGAAGAGAAUGGCAGAGAGACUGGAGGCCAAGGCAGAAGCCGCGCUGAACGCUGCGGAAAGAGAAGAAAAGAUGAAGAAGGAGAUUGAAGCCGAGACACAAGCAAACCGUGAACGCGCCGAAGCCGCCGAAACCGCUGAAGCCAAGUAA